UUUUUUUUUUUCUUUAACCUGAGAAGUAUACUGUAGUUAUGGAAGUACUUAAAGAAACUUUCGAGGACGAGCGAAAAUUCGAAAAAAUUAUACGAGACGUUCCUAAUACCCUACAGAAAUCACCAACAAAGAAUUCUAAGAAUGAAGAACGGGAGUCCGAAAUAUCUGUUAAUGAACAUAGACGGAGCGGAGAUUCCAGUUGUCACUAUAUGGGAUGCUCUCGCCCUCUUUUAUACUAUAAACAUCGGCAAACCUCCGAAAUUUCUGACUACUUUCGAUCAGCAGAAGAAUUGGCUGGUUCGACAUUUAGACCAGUUAGCGAAGUGGAUAUUAAUUCUAGAGCCAAUACCCGUGACCCCGCUAUUCAGGGACCUGCCAUGGCCGACGGUGUUAAAUGUGUUAUGGAGAUCAAAGCGCCAGAAGCGCCAGAAAAUCAUAAUGAUCUCGUUUGGAGCAUCGCUAAUAGGCAACAGGAGUGCCAGAAAACAAAUAAUAAAUUUACGACAGCAAGUCGAUUUAGUGAACCAUCAUCUCUUUCCUCGGGAUGCGAAUGGGGAAUUGGUAGUGACUUCAGAGCCCUGGCAGUUCGGAAAUUGUGCCGAAACGAACCCAUUGUUCCAUCUAGCAUCGCAGAGAUGCGAGCUACCAAUCAGAACUCAUGCAAUCGAAAUGAUGUCACGAGAAACGAAACCACCUUGCUUAAAUUGCAAAAUGAUCAUGGAACACAGCACACCCCAGAUCUGCCCUUGCUUCUUGAGUUAUUGAAGAAUAAACUACCAUAUCGCGAAGAGACAAACAAAAAUGUCUUGAAUAACUUUGAGAUCCGAAUUUUUAACGAAAUUUACGGCAUUAAUGAUUUUUGCCUUGUGUUUGCAUGUGAAGAUUCAAUCUUUUGGCUAAAAGAUCAUGAUGGGGCUAUUUAUUUUUGGUCUCGCAUAGACGAUAGCAUGAUACGCGGAGGAAGUAAUCUGAUAGAAGCUUUGACAAAUUAUCUUUUUCACCAAGAGAAUCUUUGUUAUGUCGAUGAGAUUACUCGCGAAUUGGUACCAAUAAAUGCAUAUGAUAAAGAAAUUGAAGAAUGGGCAAAAUCACCCGAGAUUUGUGAAUAUUUCGAUGCAACUAAAGUAUCACCAAAGCAUGAAUCGAAAAUGGGUGGAAAGAAGCAACAAAAAAAGAAAAAGAACAAAAAAAAGCAUUGACAUAAAAAUAAUUCCUGUUUGAUUUUUUUUUUUAACACUUAAUUCUACAAUUAAAUCCAAUAUAUUCAUGUAUCUUUCAUUCAUAGAGUAGGCUGUAUUGCAUGAUUUACUUUAUUGUUAAUUUGUAUAAAAGUAAUGUAUAAAAAAUAUUUGAAAAAUAAUAAAACGAAUGUAAAUUUAACUGCAAA